UGGCGUGACGUCACCCAGCGUCGGUUCUAUUUUAAAAAGCGAGCGGGAAGCGGGAACGUUAUUUCUUUAUAUCGUCGUGUUGUCAGACGUAUCGGGCGAUAAACUCGCACACUCCCGCAGCCAUGGUGAGAACAAAAGCCGAUAGCGUUCCCGGCAGCUACAGGAAAGCUGUUGCCGCUUCAGCGCCCCGGAAGUCGCUCGGCGCGUCCGGAUCCACGAACUCGCAGAGCAGCGGCGCGCAGUCGGGCACGCCUGCCAAGGGUAAGUAUGCUGGAGGAAACCCUGUGUGCCCGCGCCCCACCCCGACCUGGCAGAAAGGCAUAGGCGACUUCUUUGGGGGUCCCGGCAGGAAACCAGAAAAAGAGAACCUUCAUCCGGCAUCUGAGGAUGAUGAGGAGGCCGGAGGCAGCGGGGUCAGCAAAGCACCCAGGAAGUCCAGACCGAUCAUCGAUGACGAGGAUGAAGAAUAAUGACUUGAAUUUCACUUUGUUUGUUCAUUGACCUGAUUUUAAUGUAAAUCUGUAAAUACUUUAUUUGUAUGGUUCCUUGCGUUUUGUACAGACAUUUAAUAAAACGUUUUUUCUUAA